AUGGAUGAAUCGAAGGAGCGGGAGGAAGGGAUAGACAUGGUGAAGGAUGAUAAGUUAGACACCUAUGUCCAUAAUCAAAAACGUCCCGAUCAUAGGUUUGGUAGCUUCAGCACGGGCAACCUGCGAGGUUGGAUGGAGGCGCCAGAUAUGGGCGUGAUCCUAAAGGAAUCGAGUGAUUGGACAUGGGACGGUCACCAUUCUCUUGCCAGAAGGUCAAGAAACACGCCAAAUGUACUGCCUGAGGUGCAACCAUCUUGCCAAUACAAAAGAGCUCAGCAGAACUGGAAUACGCAAGUUUCUGUCUUCGUGUGUCAGCAGUCUGCGAAGACCGAGUGCCAUAGCGUUAACAUCUUCAUAUUCCGAGCUGCUGAAAUUGAGGGAAGUACCAGAACCAACUUGAAGAAGCAACUGACGGUUGGAAGGGCCCAUUUGAAUUCAGACUUUCAAGCCUUUCGAUUGACGGGUAAGACUCCUUACUCGAGGACGACGUCCGAGUCCGCAGGACAGAGUCACUAUAGGAACUUCGGGAAUCGGCUCAGGGAGGGAAGGACUCGGAGUUCACCGGAACUCCGAGUCUCCGACACCCGGGCCCUGGGCCUGAAUGGCUCAUACGGCGUCGGACUCGGGGACUCGGAAGUCGACCCUCGUAACCAACAUAGCUGGAGGCUGGUCAUGCUGGCGAAUCGUGAUAGGUUGUAA